AUGGCUGAUUCGAACAACCAACAACAUCUAACUGUUGCCGGCGGUACGGAGGUACCCAACCUCAAUGAUGAUCCCGGUUCACCCUUAAAUGUUGUCCCACAUAAUCUUUCACUUCAUUUUGCAUUUAAUGAAGAUGAAGAUGCUUUGGGUGAGGGUAGAGUUUCUUCAGAUCCUGAACCUAUUUCUUCAGAGAUUCCACCCUCUCUUCUGAAUCAAAAUGGACAAAAUGAUGAUGAAGAUGGUGUUCAAGAUUGUACUUUUACUCAGUUGCUAUCCACAGGUGUUCAUGCGGACGAGGAAUUUUAUGUUCACCACACACCCAAUGAGACUAGAAUGUGGUGUCCUAAUGUUCCUAUUGUUUUAAAGCCUGUUGUUGGUUCUGUUUAUGAAACGUGGAAGGAUGUGUUCAGUAUGUACAAGGACUAUGCUGUGUAUUCUGGGUUUUCUAUUCGUAAGGGUCAAACCAAGAGAUGGAAGGGGGUUGUCACUCACCAGUACAUAAGGUGUACUAAAUAUUCAAAACCACAGAUUAAGCGUAAAACUGAUACUUUGGAGCAUUCAAGCUUGACUAUUAGGCAAAGUAAUUUCACAGUGACAGAUUGCAAGGCUAGUAUACUGGUUAAGUUUUGUGAGGGCAGCUCUACGUGCACAGUGGUAGGGUUCAAUGAGCACCAUAAUCAUCCGUUUGUUGAGCGUUUCAAUCGUGACCUAAGUAGGACUUCAAGGAAACUACCAUUUGCAUCGAAACAGUUUAUCCAUAACAUGAGUUUGAACAGAAUUGGUCCGAUUGUUUCUCACAGAGUUUUAGUGUCCCUGAUGGGUGGACAUCACAAUGUACGUGGCACGCCAACUGAUUUUAAGAACUGGAGCCAGUCGGUUAGGCUUUAUAUUGGUGAUCGUGAUGCGCAACUUGUUAUAGAUCGUCUCAAAGAAAGAUCUGAGAGCUUACCAGACUUUUACUAUGAGUUUGUUGUUGAGAAAGGGCAAUUGAGAUCGAUUUUUUGGGCAUACGAAAUUUCCAAUAUAAACUACGAGGUGUUUGGGGAUGUGUUAGCUUUUGAUGCGACUUAUCACACUAACAAGUACAACAUGAUUUUUGUUCCUUUCACAGGCGUUGAUAAUCAUAAACAAUGUGUGACAUUCGGUGCUGGCUUGUUAUUCAAUGAAACCACUGAGUCUUACAAGUGGUUUCUUGAAUCAUUUCUGAAGGCACACAAGAAGCAACCAAAGUUAGUUCUGACGGACCAGGAUCCUUCAAUGAAAGCUGCCAUUUCAGAGAUUGCUGGAGGCCUGUUACAAAACUCUGAGCUAAGAGCAUUGAUGCAUCGUUUGGUGUGGAGUAUUCACAUGAAGCCAUCUACAUUUGAGACGCGUUGGCAACUUUUGAUGGAGGAAUAUGGGUUACAAGAUCACGACUGGUUGAAGGACAUUUCUGACCUAGCUAUUGAGAAGCAUGCUUUUGAGUUGUAUACACAUGCAAUUUCUACAGAAGUAAGAAAAGAGAUAUACAAGGGGAAAUUGUUUUGUUACAUUGUAAACACGGAGGAUUGUGAUGAUGGUUGUGUUUACUAUGUGAAUCAAUUGGACAAACGUAACAAUGCAACCAACACAUUUACGGUUAUACUUGAGUUGAGUAACCAGUCGGUAUCCUGUUCAUGCAACAACUUCAUCCGUAUUGGAUAUCUGUGUAGGCACAUUUUUUGUGUUUACCGGGUAAACAAUAUUGAAAGAAUCCCGGCCCAGUAUGUUGUUAAGCGUUGGUCUAGGGACGUGCUUCCUAAAAGUUUAUUUUCUAUUGAGAGUCGAUAUGGCGUUGACACUCGUCCACAAGCUGCUGCGAGAAGUCAGAUUCUUGAGAUCGUAACUGAAUGUGUGGACGCAUUAAGAAGCGAUGUUGGAGGACUUUCCUCUUUCGCUGAGCAGAUAAAGGAACUGAAAUGCAAGUUACUAAAUGGAGGACCAGUUGAUGACGAAGCCAACAAUGAUAACUAUGCUGCUGUUGAAGAAUUGCUUGGUGUUUCUUUAGAUGGGGUCGUAACUCUCGACAAUCCAGACGGGAUCAGGAACAAAGGACGCGGCAAACGCCGGCGAUUGUCUAGAGCACCUCAGGAUGCAACGAGCAACUCUGCUGUCAAACCUCCCAAAACACCCAGGCUUUGCCGAACCUGUAUGAAGUACGUGACUGGGCAUGAUUCAAGAAAUUGCAAGAAAAAGAAGAACAAGAAUAAAUCGGGUAACGAGGACGAGGACUCAAGCUCUGCGAGUCAGGAGUCCACUUGA